UGCUGAACCAAUUCAUGUGUAAGACUUGACGUGAUAUAUAUGUAUAUAAAUAUGGUCUUUUAGUUUAUGAGUAUUAAAUAAUUUUGAGUGCAUUUGACAAAAUUAAGAAUAAAAUAAGUUAAUGUAAACAAUACCUGUAAAUAAGUCCAAUAAUCUGUAAGACUGUAUCAGUGAACAUUUUUAAACAAAAUGUGUAAAAGUUAUUUUAAACGUCUGCAUCAGUGGGUGUAUAUAAUUGAGAAACAAAAAAAGGAAGAAACAAUACAUUUGAAAUUCUGUAUGGAUGACAGAGGACAAUUUUGUUAACCCUAUUAAAAACAAGGGUUAAAAAGAUGGACAGCUGUUGCUCAGGAGUGGUGCAAGUAUUUGUGGGUGAAUGGAGCCCAGACUAUGAAGCACUCUCGAUUAAAGCUACAAAACAAACUUCAUCGGCGGAGAUAGUGGCGUGUAUUAUUGAUAGACUUGGUUUAGUCGAUGCUAAUAUUUCCAAUGGAUAUGAAUUAGCAGAAGUGGUAGGAAAUUCUGUUGGGCAAGAAUGUAAGGAAAGAAGACUCGGGCCAAGCGAGUGCCCUGUAGCACUCAUGUUAUUAUGGCCCAAAAAUGCAGCGCAACAGGUAUACUAUAGGUUUUACUUGCGAAAAAAGCAACCAGAUUUAUGGUCGGAUAGUAGGUUUCCAAUGGACCCACAACUCUUAAAGGACUAUUUCAAUAGAUUCCUAUAUCAACCCCGAGACAAAGAAUAUCCAGAUCUGUGUCAACUUCCAGACCUUAAUGAACAAACAUUGUUGGACAACCUUCGGGCUAGGUUUCUGGCUGGAAAUAUAUAUACCUACGUUGGAAGCAUUUUGAUUGCAUUAAAUCCAUUUAAAUUUUAUCCUAUCUACAAUCCAAAAUAUGUAAAACUCUAUCAGAAUAGAAGAUUGGGGCCAGACAUACCUCCACAUAUAUUUGCCAUAGCUGAUGCUGCUUAUCACUGUAUGCUUAAAGAGAAACGAAACCAGUGUAUAGUUAUUAGUGGCGAGAGUGGAUCAGGUAAAACGGAAUCAACAAAUUUUCUACUGCAUCAUUUAACGGCACUCAGUCAAAAAGGUUCACACGGUAGCGGUGUUGAACAGACAAUACUUAGUGCGGGCCCUGUGUUGGAAGCAUUUGGUAAUGCGAAAACAGCGCAUAACAACAAUAGUAGUCGUUUUGGAAAAUUUAUCCAAGUGAAUUACAAGGAAAAUGGAAUGGUGCAUGGGGCGGUGGUGCAAAAAUAUCUGCUGGAAAAGUCAAGGAUAGUCUCCCAGGGACGAAACGAAAGGAAUUACCAUGUGUUUUAUUAUCUUUUGGCUGGAGCGAGCGAACAAGAGAAGCAACUUCUGCAUUUAGAAAAUUCUGAUCGUUAUAAUUAUUUGAAUAAAAGUGGCUGUUAUGGAUUGGAAAAUAUUGAUGAAAGACACGAAUUCUCAAGACUGAAACAAUCUAUGGAAAUGGUUGGAUUCACGCCAGAAAAACAGAGACGAUUGUUCGCCGUUCUGUCAGCUGUUCUUCUACUCGGCAAUGUGGAAUUUCAACCUAGAAAAUCUUAUCAUCAUCACGACGAAGCUGUAGGAGUCAAGAAUCCUGAAGUAGUAGCAUUAAUAUCCGAACUGCUUAGAGUGAAACAAGAGACUCUUCUGGCUGCGCUUACAGCGAAACGCGCAAGGGCUUCUGGAGAAACUUUAGUUAUUAAUUAUAGACUUCCGGAAGCAGUUGCAGCAAGAGAUGCCAUGGCAAAGUGUCUAUAUGGAGCUCUAUUCGAUUGGAUCGUUUUACAGGUCAAUCACGCGUUGCUUUCAAAAAAAGACACACUCAGAGAUCACCAAGGCAAUAGCAUAGGUGUGCUAGACAUCUUUGGUUUCGAAGAUUUUAAAACGUGUAAUAGCUUUGAACAGUUGUGUAUAAAUUAUGCGAACGAACAAUUGCAACACUAUUUCAACCAACAUGUUUUUCAAUAUGAACAACGAGAGUAUAGAAAACAAGGAAUUAGGUGGACAGACAUAGGAUAUAGUGACAAUUCAGGCUGUUUAAGUUUAAUAGAAGGGAAACCGAAUGGUCUUCUUUGUCUCUUAGAUGAUCAGUGCAAUUUUCCGGGCGCAACGAAUGAAACGUUACUACAAAAAUUUAACUCAGUACAUAAAGACAAUCCAUUUUACGAAGCACCGCAGCGACGAGAAGCAGCCUUCGUCGUGCGACAUUAUGCAGGAGCUGUUAAGUAUCAAGCUGCUAACAUGAGAGAAAAGAACUUGGAUUUAAUGCGACCUGAUGGUGUGGUUGGUGUGUUGAAAAAUUCUUCCCUCGCUUUUGUCCGAGAAUUAGUGGGUGCAGAUCCAGUGGCAGUGUUUAGAUGGGCGAUACUACGAGCAUUCUUUCGGGCUCAUUUUGCUUUUCAAGAAGCUGGUCGUGCUCACAGACAUGGCCGAGCCGAUGGUACAAAAGCAUCUGUACAAAACAGGUAUAGGACGCCAAAUGAGAACUUAAUAAGCCAUCUUGUGACGUUGUCGACAGUCAAUCUAACUAUUAACCGAAUCGCUUCGCACAAACAUAAUCGUCCACCAAGCUAUCAGAAGCAGCGCAGUGUCUGCAUACCAUCAACAAUACCCACUACUACAUUAUCUUCUAUACAACUCGAAAACAACGACAAUGUUAACAACAACCGAUUGUCGUGGCCACAAUUCCGAAACAUUAAUCAAACGCAACACCCGUCUAAUGUGACCAAUGUGAUGAAGGGUUACUUGAUAAGGGGCAGGGAAGACCAGCCGCAUAGUAAUAAUAAACUCAGACGAGAUACUCAUACUCCACUAGAGAGGGUGCUUCCAAAAGACGAAGCAAACGUCAUGGAACGCGCUAAUCAAAUAGUCAUGAAAAACAAAUCAUUUCGACCAAGAGAACGCGGAAAAAAGGGUUUAAAGAAUCUUCAAACUGUGAAAACCCUUGCCGGUAGGACACAGAGUUAUGGUUCUGGACCAGGAAAAGCAAGGAAACAGCCCAUGACGGUUUCGGCACAGUUCCAACAAAGUUUGCAUAGUCUUAUGGAUACCUUGAACCAGGCGAAUCCCUUCUUUAUUAGAUGUAUUAAGAGCAACGCAAACAAAGUACCGAAUGAAUUCGACGAGGAGACUGUACAACGACAAUUAAGAUAUACAGGGAUGCUAGAGACAGUCAGGAUCAGGCAAGCUGGGUUCAAUGUUCGACUAACCUACGAAGAAUUUAUUCAACUGUACAGAAUGUUGCUACCCAAAGGUUUACUGAGCUCACAGUCCGACGUUAGGGACUUUCUGUUGACGUUGAAUCUCAACAGAGACAAUUAUCAGCUCGGAACGACUAAAGUCUUCCUGAGAGAAUCAGAAAAGAUCAAAUUGGAUAUAGAGCUUCAUCAACAAAUCAUCACAAGCAUUACAACUAUCCAAAAGUGGUUCCGCGCUUGUCUGGAGAGGAGAAAGUUCCUUAGAUUGAAGAACGCUGUUGUACAAAUACAAUCGUUUUGGAGAAUGAUCAUUGCUCAAAGGCUUGCUCAAUCUCUACGCGCCAGAAUCGAAGCUGCUAUCCACAUCCAAUCUGCAUGGAAAACAUACAAACAGCAGACAUGGUUCAAAAAGUUGAAGACUUCUAUAAUUAACUUUCAAGCUCGUGCCAGAGGGAACAAUGCGAGGAAAGCUUUUGCUGAGCUGAAGAAGCGGAAGAACAUGAUCGGUGAUAAAAUCGGGGAGUACAAGGAAGUUCUUGAACAAAGGGAAAUUGCUUACGACAACAGUAAGGUGUACAAUUCGAAGUUCAAGGGUAGUGAAGAGUCAUUAAUGGAGGAUCAUGUUUUGUUAGAGAUGAGCACAGUUCGUAAGCAGGAAUUGCAAAAUCGUUUCAUACCAGCAAGAGUGGACGCUGCGUCGCGGGACAUCAGCAUGGAUGCAAAGAUGACAUACUCGAAGCAAAAGGCGGUAACGCGAAACACAAGAAUGUUAUACGAAACCGGCGGAAUGCUGAAGAACACCGAACCUUAUUCGUCCGAAGAAUUUAAUGAGCGUAAAAGCAGCUUGGAGAGCUUGACAAGUUUGAGGAGCUACGAAUCCCAAGUUAGCGUGAACAGUUCCGAAUCACAAGAGAACUGCUGCAAGCAUAUAUCGAGCACUAGAACGAAAUGCGGUGAUCAUUCUCCCAGGGUGACAGUGAACACAAGCUUGGUGUACUGUCCCAAUGAACAGUCGUCUGUCGGAAAACGUGCGGACAGUUCAUCAACAGGGUACAGUGACGGUGAGACUGACACAGAAGUUCCGAGUACAGUGCAAAGUGCGCCGCCAGUCUUCAACGCUACUCCUUCAUUUCCGAGUUCGCGGGACAUUAAGUUCCAUCAGUCUAACAUUAGCUUGACGCAUAGCCCUAAUUCGGACAUUUGGCGUCGCAGAAUAGAGUACUCGAACUAUAACGACUAUUUGCAGUCUAGCCACCAGAAAACAACUAUGCCGUGUCCCCUGAAUGUCUCUCAGUACAAGAACCUAACGGACAACAUCCAAGACCAGGGACAACACGAGAAACCGAAUGAGGCGGCGAACUACAACGUGAAAUUGGACCCGAACGAGCGUUUCGUUCAUAUGGAGAGCUCAUCGAGUAGUAAAGAUCAGCGACGACUGAGCACGUCCAAUGAGAUACGCCGUGCCACGGGACAUGGUCAGAGUAAAAAGAUGAAAGACUUUGGCUACUUGAGGAGGCAAAAUUCCGAAGGAGAUACGGCCAUGAAACUGGACGCGGUUAUCGACGAGAAUUCUUUGAAGGGUUCUCUAUUGAAAGGAACAUCGCCCAAAGAAAAAAUUUCAAGACCAAAAGAAAAAUGCGAGCCCGACGUGCCCGUCCGAAGCACGAGAAGGAAUCGGCCCCCUCGCGAGUUGUAUUGGUCCGUGGGCGAGAGCGUAUCUGAUGCGAACAGUGGAGAAGCGAAGUUCCUAGGCACGAUUAAAGAGAGCGACUUGAACAAGUCCGCGAACGUAUGGACGCGCAAGGACAGUCCGCGCGAGGUACCUUCGAGGUCCGUGACGGACUGGUCUGUGGACAAAACCGAGUCAGCAUCGAACACGCAGCAGCCCGGUCAACGCAUGAGGUCCAAUGCUGUAACAAGUCUGGAGCUGAGGAGGAGAAACUCGGAUCCAGCUACGAAAAUAUCGGGCCUCAGCGAGGACAAGCCCGGCAUUGACGCGAGAUCCAAUGACCUGAAACUAGCGCCCGGGAUGGAUCUCCUGGAAUGGAAGGGGAAUGGUUUGUUCACCUUGGCGGGUCAUCGGUUCAGGAAGGUGGAGAGGUUCGCGAAGGACGAUGUGUGCGUCUGCUGCCACAAGAAGAUGGAUGCGUUCGUCACGCAGGGCUACAAGUGCAUAGACUGUAAACAACUGUACCACGUGAAAUGUAUUCAGAACGGCGGAGUACUUAAGAUGCCGUGUAUCUUGACGAAUACGCCUGGCAGGCGGAAAAACCGAAAACAACAGAGGACCCCCUACGACACGACCAAGCAAACCGUCACGGCGCCCAAAUUCAGCUUGACCGGUACUUCAGCUUUCUCGGACAGCACUGACAAGAUUAUAUCCGACGCGAAGGAAUUGGCGUUCAUGCAGGAGUUCAUCACGAAGAAGAUCUACAUAAUGGAAGGCCAAGAGGAGGGAAGCAAGCCCAGUGAAGUUGACCGUGUGUUCAAGCAGGCGCUGCGCAAAUUCAAGGACGAUCUGGUGAUCACUUACAGCGUCGCCGUUCAGCAAGGCGUCGAGGGUAACAUCAAGUACACCGAUCUGAUUACGAACUUCUUGCACGUCAUGGAGACAGUCUGCAAGCAGGAGAACACCAGCGAAGAUUUUCCCGUGAUUAUGGGCGUGAACGCGUUCCGCGGAUUCAUGAACGAAUUUAUGACGCUAGUCAAAACCGAAGCACCGGAGAAACAGAGUAAAAGCAAACGGAAGAAGGAGAAGAAGCGAAAGCAAGAGGAACCGACGCGGCAUGGCAGUCAUAUAUUCCAACUAACCAUCAUAAACAUACCUAUGGCCUGCGAAGUCUGCACAUCUUUCUUUAUGUGGCCCAUCGAGCGCGGACUUGUAUGCCAGAAUUGCAAGCUGACGUGUCACAAGAAGUGCUACAUGAAAGCGUUGGCGGAGUGUGGAAAGGAAGCCUCGCUGCACGAUAUGAACUCGCGGAAGGUGUUCGGCGUGCAGCUGUACAAAUUGGACUGCGGAGACGGCAAGGUGCCACUAGUGGUUGAUCGAUUGAUCACCACCAUAGAGAUGCACGGUCUUUACACAGAGGGUAUAUACCGCAAGAGUGGUGUCAGCUCGAAGGUGAAGGAAUUGAAGCAGAAGAUGGACGAGGGUGAUCUGGAGAAGGUGGACUUCGAGAACUACCAGGUGCACGUGCUCGCAGCGGUGUUGAAGAGCUUCUUUCGGGACAUGCCGGAGCCCCUGUUAACCUUCGAGUACUACGAUGAUUUUCUGCAUGCCGCUAACCUGACGAAACAGCAAGAUCGGAUCAGUACGCUGUUCGCGAUUCUGAAGAAGCUGCCGAAGCCGAACUUCGAUCUGAUGGAGAGACUGAUCGUUCAUCUGGCGAGGGUGGCGCUCCAUGAGGUCGACAAUCGGAUGUCCUCGUCGGCCCUCGCGAUAGUGUUCGCCCCGUGCAUCCUAAGGACCAACAGGACCUUGCCUGCACAGGACUCGCUACAGGAUGUCGGCAGGCAGACCUGUUGCGUUGAGACAAUCGUACAAGAGAAGCUUAGGGUCGUCAGAACCACGCUGGCCGACAUAAACACUCUCGAAUCCGCCUGCCACACGGCCACCCACCGUCUGUCCAGUCUACGAUCCUCCAAGAUCUUCAGUCCAGAAGAGUUGAACGCGGCGGUCUCGAACGCAGCCGCGAGAGGCGGCACCGCGGACCGGGACAGGGAUCGAGGUGACGAAGAAGAGGCGCUUCUCGUCGAUCAUAUACAGGAGAUCGAGGAGGAGAAAGCUCUGCUGACCUCGAAUCUUCUCAGCCUAACCAGAGACUCUUCGGACGACGACUUACAUCCCUCUGCGACGGAUCUGGAUGAUGGCUCCCUCGAUGACCUACGCCCAUCGUCCCCAGACGGUCUAGAAAGGAAAAAACCGAUCCAGAGGCAGAGCUCCGACGAGGACAUGGUAAUGGUAUGAUCAUCGACGAGCCAGCGUUACCAUGACGGAUGAUCGAUAUGCGUAGCAACAUGACACGCGCUGUGAAGCGUCGGACUGACGGCAGCGAAUCGACGAGUCUUACUUCUGGUCUCAUCGGCAAGCCGCUAGUAAUUUAAAAUAAGUAGUUAAAGAAAAGCAGUAAAAAAAGAACACACAUACACACACAUAUAUACACACACACACAUAAACAAAACAAAGCAAACCAACUAGAUACACGACGUUUAGGUAGGUCUAGCAAUUUGUUCCACGCGAAGUUAAGCUGAUCAAUUCGGUCGAACGUACAUGUAUGUAUAUAUACACACACACCUAUAUAUAUACAUAUACAUUUACAUAUACAUAUACAUAUACAUAAACAUAUACAUAUACAUAUAUAUAUAUUUUUUUCACUCUGUCGCAAAGCUUUCAGAGGUUUCUAAAGAACGAUUAGAUAAAAAGUUCGCGUGUGUGAGAGUUUCCGUUUCUCGCGGUUAACGUGAAUAAGAAUAGGAAAAGCAGGAAAGAGGAAAGAAGAAGAAAAAGAAACGGAAGAAGAAGAAGAAGAAGAAGGGAAGUUGUGUUAAAUGUUCGUUUUCUAAUCUAUUUUUCUCUCGGAACGCAUUCCCCUUCGAUCGAAGACUGUCCAAUCAGGCUGCGUGUAGGUGUUUAGACACGUUCGAUCGUCGACGGUCGUGUUCGGGCCACCGACGUUACGACCGUCUUCUCCAUUUUCUCGGUCAGUCGUGCAUUAAACACGCGUUUCAUUCCUCUCGCCGCGUGAACCAGCGACGGGGAGAGCGUACGUUAGGAAAAGAAAGGGAACGACGAUUAUCCGUUAUUGUUACGAGCGUUUUAGUCGCAUUCAGAUUCUUGUUCUUCUCGUAUAUUUUUUUUUGUCCUCUUUAUUUUCUCCUUUACGAUCCGUUUAAGAGCGACGUUCUCAUCCUUGUUCGUGUCGCCGCUGUUUUACAGAUUUUAUAGACUGUUGCGUGAAUCACACACAUUAAGGACAUACACGGAAACGCGCGCGUGCAUACAUACAUACACACAAUCGCAUAAAUGCAUAGAUACAUACAUACAUAAAUACAUACGUACACACAUGAACGCACCCACGCGCGCGAUAGGGUGGCUCUUUUUCCUUAUCGAUAAACGGGAGCGUCCGUUGCUUCGUUCGACAAUCACGGAUCUUGUACGCGCGGACGUUCGGCAUCCUUUCGUUAACAUGUUCGAAGGACACGUGGUCCGUCGGGACCCCGGACGAUCGACCUCGCGUGAUUCCGUCAAGUGUCUCUCGACGAUCGUGGCGAUCCACGAAAUCGUUGGUCGUCCUGGUACACAGAGACGAUCGACGAGUAGAGAGAUGACGGUAGGUAGGGAGGGACGGGGAACGAGGAAAAAGAGGAAACCAAAACCGUAGCUUGUACAUAUUAUAUAUUAAUAAUCAUCUCGUAAGGAUCUGUUAUUAUUAUUGUUAACUCUGCGAGAGACGUUACCAAGUUUAUAUUUCUACUUGUCAAAUAUAUUUCUUCGCCUAGGGCUUUACA